GCCGAGCACUGCGGCUAGGACAGGCUAGGGGGCCGAGCGCUGUGGCCUUAUUUAUCAAAAAUAAUGUAAUAAUAUCCGAUAUGUGGGGUUAGGCUAUGUUGAGACAAUUAAUGGGCCGAGCGCUGCGGCUAGGAUAGGCUAGGGGGCCUAGCGCUGCGGCCUUAUAUAUAGAAAAUAAUGUAAUGAUAACCGAUAUGUGGGGUUAGGUUAGGGUUCUGGGGCGAGCACUUUGGCUAGGACAGGCUAGGGGGCCGAGUGCUGCGGUCAUAUAUAUUAUGCUAAAAAGUACAGUGGUCCCCAGAAAAAAAGGGGAAAACAAAGAAGACCUGUGUUAAAAAUACAGUGGUCUGCAGAGAUGAGUGGAAAAAGAGACCGCCAAUUGUUAAAAAAUACAGAAAAGCGGAAAACGACCUUUGUUUAACAAAACAUUAGUCCACAGAAAAUAAAUAUACAAACAAUGAUUGUGAAACGUAAGUUCAAUUAUACAAAUUGUUAGUUACCAAAUUGUUGGUUACCAAAUUGUCAGGUUACCAAAUCGUCAAGUUACCAAAUUGUUGGUCACCAAAUUGCUAGGUACAAAAUUGUCGGGUUACCAAAGUGUUAGUUACCAAAUUGUCGGUUAUCAAAUUGUUAGUUACUAAAUUGUUAGUUACCAAAAUGUUAGUUACCAAAAAUCUGCCCAUCGUGAUAACCCUGUAUUAUCCUCCAAUGCUCUUAAAUUAUGAGUCAAAAAAAAAGAAAAUAUAUUUACAGUUUUAAUACAAAAUGGCAUAAAAUUUAGAAAUUAACUAGUAUGAUGUCUCAUCCUUAGUGUGUAUCCAUGGUAUCCAAUUUCAUUGUAAUGUGUGGCACUUUCUCAUCAGAAAUAGAGAUAUGAAUCUUUAUGGCUAAAGUUAUGAAUAAAUAAUGAAAUACGUAAGGUUAAUUUUGAUAGAGUGGACUGUGUGUUCGAAAAAUAAAUUCAGUUUAAAACGUAAAUUGCCUGAAACCUUUCAAGCAAUUUGUAUCCACUCAAUUAUUAGAUAAGCUUAAAAGAUGGAAUGAAAUUGUUUAUAACUAUAUGAAGAAAAUGUAAUAGUAGACAAUGAGUUCUUAGCGGUCCAUACCAUGUCGUUGAAUAUUCCCAACGUUCCAAAAAUAAAUGGAUUACUGAACCUCCCCCCCCCCUCUCACCUCCGGAGAGGAUAUAUAAAGGUUCGGAUCCAGGAUUGGAGAGAGAAGACAAGGAACCAGAGAACUAGAAUCAUGUUGAAAAUGGUGAGAUUAUGUCUCCUCCUCUUCUCCGUGUACUUGCUGAGAACUGAAGGACGGAUAGCAGGUUCAAGAACAGGGAAUAGAGCAGGUUCUCACAAUCAACCUGCUUCCUGCACUAGAACUCUCACCUACAGUAGAUACUAUGAUCUGAACCGAGUUUGUAAUGAUUGUUUCAAGCUCUACGAUGAUCCUCAUAUUUAUGGAUUAUGCAGGGGAGAGUGUUUUACUUCUCAAUAUUUCUAUGGCUGUCUGUCUGCAAUACAACACGAGGACGCACAACUCUUAAACGAAGGUUCGAAUCUAUCAAAUAUAUUGGAGAUAUUGACACUAUCCGCGGCUGGUUAGACUCUGAUUCGUGAACCCUGGAAAGAAUUAUAUAAACCAACCUAUAUCUAACCCAUAUAGACAGCUUUGAUAUUCUAUGGACCCGGCCAUCAGUUGUAUUUGAUUUUAUUCUUUUCACAUUCUUACAUUACAUGUCAACAAUCUACAUAUAUUAAACAAUUUUAACAGCAGGAAAAAAAUCCACCAUCGAUACUUUUUAUAUAAUUAUGUAAUUGAACUUUGU